AUGAAGCUCUCUACUUUCCAGUUGGUCAUAGCCACUCUGGCUCCUCUCGUCAAUGCUUUCCCAGCUGCGAUUCUUGAAGCCGCAGCCAACGACCCAACGCUAUUAAAACGAGCUGAGAAAUUUCUUGCUGAGCGGCAGGCAGGAGCAGACGCAGCGACAGCGCUCUUCGAGCCAGUGCCGAUAUUCGACGCGAAGAAACAGUAUGUCAACGUCAGCAAGGGCAGUGGUCAUGAGUAUGUGGCUCCCAGCUCCAGUGAUCUCAGAGGACCAUGCCCUGGUUUGAACGCAUUUGCGAAUCAUAAUUUCCUACCACAUAAUGGAUAUGCCUCCGUUCAGCAGUACGUCGAUGCAACAACGAAAGUAGUCGGCAUGGGCCCAGUCCUCGCAAUUUUCCUCUCUGCCCUCGGCGGAGCACUCGAUGGCGACAUCCUCAACUGGUCUAUUGGUGGUAAACCUUCCCUUGCACAGGGCGGCGCAACCGGUAUCCUAGGCAACGGACUUAUAGGGAGCCAUAAUAAAUAUGAGGGCGAUGCAUCCCCAACAAGACCAGACCUAUAUGAGUCCGGCAACAACUGGAAGACUGUCUCCCAACAGUUUCAGGAACUGAUUGACUACUCACCUGGUGGCCAGGUCACUCUCGACUCCCUAACCUCCUUCCGCUCGCAUCGAUUUGACAAGCAAGUCGCCAAUAAUCCUUACUUCUUCAACGGCCCCUUCUCGGGUGUACUUGUGCAGCCCGCUGCGUAUACCUUCAUCUACCGCUUCAUGGCAAACCACAGUGCUGAAAACCCAAUCGGUCUGCUGAACUACGAUGUUAUUCAGUCUUGGUUUGGUAUCCAAGGAUCAAACGGCAACUACAAUGCUGUACAGGGAACUGAGCGUAUUCCUGAUAACUGGUACAAACGCGCUGUUGAAUAUCCUUAUGAGACUACUUAUUUCCUUGCUGAUGCUAUCAACGCGGCCAAACUACACCCAAAGUUCCUCAACAUUGGCGGCAACACCGGAACCACGAACUCUUUCACCGGCGUGGACAUCGCCAAUCUCACAGGGGGGGUGUUCAACUCAGGAACUUUACUACAAGGGAACAACCUCGCCUGUUUCGUGUAUCAGCUCUCUGCACAAGCGAAGCCUGAUAUUCUUCUUGGCGCACUCGAUCAGCUCAAGAAUGUUAUUGGGAGGGUGGUAGGAGGACUAGGUUGUCCACAGUUGAAGGCAAUUGAUCAGAAGCAGUUGCAGCAAUUCCCGGGGUAUACUAGGCAGGCCGUUUACGGCUAGUUGACUGAUAUGAGGAUGGCGACGAGAAACGAGUGACGAUAUAUUAUGAAGUACAUAUAAGUAUAAGCAUGGGAGAACUAUAUACACG